AUGUUCCUGUUCAUCGAACCCACCUUCCAGUAUUGCAGAAAUACUGAAGAAGUCCUCAAUCAACUCCCUUUCAAGCAAGGUCUUCUGGGAUAUGUAGACAUCACAGCCACUAACAACACCAAUUCAAUUCAAGAUUACUUCCAACAGCUCACUGGAGUGAGAAUAGUCCCUUGGGUCUAUUUAGGUAAUCAAAGACUUCAUAGGCAGAGCAGUGAUCUAGUCUUCCUGCAAUAGAAUGGGGAGCUGAUGAUGUGGAUGAAGCAGAAUGGAGCUCUGCAGUUAUGAAAAGGGUGGCAGUAAAUCCCAUG